AUGACACACGACUCGACUUCAAAAGCAAGUAAUGAUGCAACAAUGGAUGACCGAACGAUACGACGUUCGCAACUGAUCCAAAACACCGCUCAAGGAUCGUCAGCAAAUAAUGCUGUCUUUGUAGAAUUUCAUGGUCUCAAUUAUCGUAUUCCUGAAAAGCCCCAAGAUAUAAAGCCGUGGUGGAGAAAAUUCCGGACAAGCACACAAAACCAGCCGUCAGAUGUGGAAAAAUCAGAACAAAACUACAAAACUAUUAUCGAAAAUAUUCACGGAUGUGCUAACCCAAGUCUUAUGGCUGUCAUGGGUCAAUCGGGGAGUGGUAAGACGACAUUAUUGAACAUCCUCGCCGGACGAGUGACAAAAG